AUGUAUCCAGAGACAUUUGAGGGCUUCGCCAUCUCUUCGGCGGAUCAAUGGCAGAGCCCCAAGAGAUUCGAGUUCAAGCCAAAGCCAUUUGGGGACUAUGACAUUGAUGUCAAGAUCAUUGCAUGUGGUGUUUGUGGUUCUGACGUCCACACAGCUACCGGUGGCUGGGGUAAUAAAAUAUGGCCAGUCGUUCCUGGGCAUGAAAUCAUUGGACAUGCUGCCAAAGUCGGCCCCAAGGUCACAACCGUAAAGGUUGGGGAUCGUGUUGGUGUAGGAGCUCAGAUUUUCGCAUGUCUUGAAUGUGACGCAUGCAAGGAAGACAACGAAACGUACUGCAAGAAACUAUUAGAUACAUAUGCAUCCAUCUAUCCCGAUGGUACUGUCGCACAUGGCGGUUAUUCAUCUCACAUUCGGGCUCAUGAGCACUUUACCUUCCCUAUCCCGGACGGCUUGCAAACUGAACUUGCUGCUCCCAUGCUAUGCGCUGGUCUCACUGCUUACUCCCCAUUGGUUCGAAACGGCGUCGGACCUGGUAAGAAGGUUGGCAUUGUUGGCAUUGGAGGCAUUGGACACUAUGGCAUUCUCUUUGCCAAAGCUCUUGGAGCCACAACAUACGCCAUCUCAAGAUCUCGCGCAAAGGAGGCCGAUGCUCGGAAAAUGGGCGCCGACGGUUUUCUCGCAACCAAAGAGGAGAACUGGUCCAGCGAUCACGAAAUGACCUUUGACUUUAUUCUAUGCACAGCUUCGUCCGAUGAUGGAUUCGACCUCGCACCCUAUCUGUCACUUCUCAAGACCCAUGGCCGCUUCAUUGCUGUCGGUCUGCCAGAGGGAGCUGGAUGGAAAGUGCGGCCCCAAAGCUUGAUUGCAAACGGGUGCUUGAUUGGAAGUAGUCACCUGGGAAGCCGCAAGGAGACACUGGAGAUGCUUAAGCUCGCAGCGGAGCAGAAUAUCAAGAGUUGGGUGGAGACCAUUCCUGUUGGAGAGGAAGGCUGCGGGACUGCCCUGAAGAGGGUUCACAGUGGUGAUGUUAAAUACCGGUUCACGUUGGUAGACUACGAGAAGCAGUUUCAAUGA